AUGGCUCUCCCUUUCGCGCUGCGGCCCCAGCGGCCAGCAGCAGCAGCAGCAGCAGCAGCAGCAGCUCUUUCUCUUCUCUUUUGCUGCUUCCUUUCCGCCCUGCAGCAGCCAGCUGCAGCAGUGACGGUGAGCCCCCGCGCAGCUGCUGCUCGGCCCAUCCUUGCUGCGCUGCUGCUGCUGCUGCUGCUGCUGCUGCCUUCUUGCUGCCAGGCUGCUGCUCCGGGGCUCCCCUGCUGCUGCUCUGCUGCAGCUGGCGCGCAGCGCCAGCAGCAGCGGCUGCAGACGUGCUGCAGCAGCAGCAGCAGCACCCAACCCAUGCAGCUUUCAGUACCCUGGGGCCCCGGGGCCCCCGGGGGCCCCGGGGGCCCCCGGGGCCCUGGGGGCCCCCCAGGUGGCGGGGGAACUGUUUUGCGGCUGUCUGCUGCUGCUGGAUUUGAAGAAGCAGCAGCAGCAGCAGCAGCAGAAGCAGCAGAAGCAGCAGAAGCAGCAAGCCUCUGGCCCGGAGGCGUUGCGGUGCAGCAGCAGCUGCGCGAGCAGCAGGAGCUGCAGCAGCAGCAGCAGCAGCAGCAGCAGCAGCGCAGCCGCGGGGUGUACCGACACCUGUGGGCGGAGCAGCAGGCCCCGGGUGUACGUACACCUGCUGCAGACACCCCACAACUCGCGGAGGAGUCCAGAAGUCUCCGAAGUGGCAUUUCUUCUUUUUUGGAAAAGUCUGUAACUUCAACAAAUACUCCAAGUGCUUUUACAGUUGCAGAUCCUUUUGCUUCCUGGCUGCCUGCUGCUGCUGCUGCAAAGGCAGCAGCAAAGGGGCCCCCGGAAGAGGGCCCCCCGGCGGAGGCUGCUGCUGCUGCGCAGCCGCCAGAGCAGCAGCAGCAGCAGCAGCCUGCUGCUGCUGCUGCUGCCCCUGCUGCUGCUGCUGCGCCAGAAGAAGGCUCCAAGCCGGAAGCUGCUGCUGCGCAGCCAGAGGCCUCCGAGGAGCAGCAGAAAGCGAAGGAGCCGGCUGCUGCAGCAGCUGCUGCUGCUGCUGCUGCAGCAGCUGCUGCACAAGAGGCUCUUGCUGCAGCAAAAGCGGAAACUGAGCGACACGCCGAGGAAGAAGCCGCGAGGCUGCAGCGGGAGCAAGAGCAGCAGCAGCAGCAGCAGCAGCAGCAGCAGCAGCAGCAGCAGCAGCAGCAGCAGCAGGACUCCGAGGCCAGCAGAGCCGGGAGGAGGAAAGAAGCUGCCAAGGGAGAAAAGUCUCUUGAAAAAGCUCUUGCGCAAAAGUUUGAAAAGUUGAAAUUGACAGAACAAGAAACAAAAGAGUUUGUUGACACUAAAGCUGCUGCUGCUGCUGCUGCUGCUGCUGCUGGCGGUUGGCCUGCUGCAGAGCUUGCUGCUGGGGCGUUGCGUGCUGCUGCUCGCAGGUACGUGGCGUUUGUGGUGCUGCUGCAGUGCCUCGUGCGGCAGCUAGCAGCAUGGAUGCGCAAAGUCGACGAAGAAGAAGAUGUGACGGAAAUCGCCAGAAAAGCAGAACUUGCGGAAAACUCCUGCUUCGGCCGCUGCCUCCACUCCGAAGACAUUGCCAAGGCUGUCUUCGUCGCACACAGGCAAGCCACACGCCAGUAG